AUGUCGUCCCCAAACAGAAACACGGACCAGUCCGCUACACAGACAAGCGGCUCGCCCCAAAGUGGCAAUGGAGCAGUUGCAGGUAGCAGUACGCCAUAUAGCCAGGGUCACGGUGGGGGACAAACGUAUAGUUACAGCGGCAAAAGUGACAUGAAUGAGAGUCUCAGAGAAAUAGGCGCCUGGACAGCGACAGACAACGACAACGACAACGACAACGACUAA